GUUCAAAAUAAAAAUUAUCCAGUACCAACAUAACUUGGACUUAACGAUUGUUAAAGAUAGUUUGUCUUUACGAUGCGCAUUGUAUCAUUUGAUUUUUGCUUUGUUUUGCUGAAUAAAAACAAUCCGUUGUUUAAUAAUUAUCAAUUGAUAUAAACAAAAACUACAUAUAAGCUAAAUACUCUUUAAAUUGCAGCAAGUCAACGUCUGAACAUGGUUCCUUUUUCAAGCCCGUUUGAGGUGAACACAUAACACAACGCAAAACAGGCAACUGAGUACUUUCCUUGCAUGCAACGCGAUGAUGAAGCGGGACAUUUGACAAAAGAGGAUUUUAUUAUAUGUUAGGACGUAAACAACUGUAAUAAAAUUGCGAUAAGUCCAUAAAAUGUUAAAAACAAGACAAUUUGCUACAUGCUUAUUUGUCUCUACGAUAAAGUAGCGUCGCAAAGUUUUGUCGCAACUGAUUUUGAUUGUCUCGUUUGCGAUUAAGCGAACAAAGCGCACCAGAAAGAUCGUAUCUCAGCGGGGCCUAAGCACUGUUGUACAGGCCGGUCUCUUGUUUGAGAAAGCUGAUCUGUAAGUUAGAGCUUCACGUUCUUUUCGACUAAAUGAUUAAACUGUCGUAGCCUGGGAUUUUCUUUAUUCUGAAUGUGUAUGGCAUAUUCUAUUCAACUACGGUGAGCAUGUCUGCGAGCCGUUUUUGCCUUUCAUAACCCGAGGACUGAAAAUGCUUUAACGAUGCCAGCGUUUUAUGAUCUGAUUAAGGAGAUUGGUUUAAGGAUUUUAUGUUAAAUGGCGAAGAAUGGCCCUCAGUUUUGAAUUCAGAAUCACAAUGUCAUUAUCAACCUUUCUUACAAAACGCGAUGGAUUUUAACACAAUUUCACUAUAUGCUCCGGUGUAUAUAAUGCGCCUUGGGGUUCGAAUUGUCAGAGAUUUACUGACUCUGUAUAUUCGCCGUCAAUCAAAUUGUAUCCAAAAUGUCGCAAAGACGCUGCAUUUGCAUAUAUAGUAUAUGAUUUCGACAAGAUUCUCAACAUCACGAGCAACGUUACGUACGGAAAUGGAGCAUAACGGUUCUGAAUACGUUUAUUCUAAGGGGAUUUUUGGACCAAUGCUAACGAUUCGUCAAUUAAAGAAUUCUCAAUUCCUUUACCAAAACCCGGAACUUACUGUUUGGUCGUUCAAUCUCUGAAGAAUAUGACUAAUUUUGAAGUUAAGUUUAUCAUGUAGGGUACGUAUCUUCAAGGUUAUGAAAAUGCUGCUUUCCGUAUCUCACCUCUUCUUCUACUGCCUGCUUUUUUUUCGGUAAUUUUGACACUCUUAUUCACGAAUUAAUUGAAUUAUUGUCGUGUGUAGACUAAAUAAUAUAUGAACUAAUAUCAUAUGCGUACUUAUCACAGCUCGUUCGCAAUUAAGGACAGUUAGUGCGCCCUUCAACUAACAGAUUACUUUGUAGAAUGAGUUAAUGAUAUUAUAAUUCACAAGCGU